AUGGAAAUAAGCGCAUCCGGAAAAUCUCAAAUUAUUGGUGAUGUGAAGGAACUUGGCGAUACUUUUAUUGCAUUAGGUUAUAAUGGUAAUAUUGGAGUUAAUAUCGCUGUCGGAAAAAAUAAUUCACAGCCUUAUAUCGAUUUAGAAUCUGAGAAUGAGUAA